AACAGCCAAGCGCCUCUCCCUCUCUCUCUCCGUCACCUGACAGAAAUAUUAUUCACUCAGAUACUCACCUGCGGAAUUUCUCUCUCUCUCUAAGAUAUCAGACUUUUUCGAUCUCUAGAGAGUGAGAGCUUCAAUAGUUAUAGAGAGAUAAUGCAAAAGAGGGCUGCUUUCCUUUCUCAAUCAUGAGCAAUUCGAGAUGAUCCUUACCAUACACUGAGUAUCUCAGAUUCAAUUCUUAUACGUUCUUGUUCAUUUCCUUCCGUUCGAUCCGCUCUCGUCUGAAGCUGGCCCUGGAAAUCUUCGAGGACCGAUCUGCAACUAACGAAAGAUUAUAUUUAAUUAAAUUCAGCAAAUAAGAUUGAUUUUUUUAUUAAUUAUGUUUAUGGAUCUGCAUAUGGAGUUGUGUUCUUGCAGUUGGCGGAGUCAACAAAUAUAAGAGUAAGAUCGGAUCCAUUUUUAAUGUUCAUUUUAUUUCCUCUGUUUUGCUAUGGAAUUAUAUGGCCUCGUUUUUGCUUUGUUCAUCAGUAGACUCAGAAAACGUAGAGAAAUUAAGAAAUUUAAGUUUAGAUUUAGAUAUUUUCGUCAGUGAAAAGAUUUAAGUUUUUGAAUGUCAACUUGAGGAGAAUUCGAAUUUUGAAAUAUUUAAAGAUCCAAAAACUAAAGAAUUCUGGGUUGAACCUUAAUCAAAUGCUAGGUGUAGUUAAGUCGGAUUUUGUCAGUAACUUUUGUCAUCCAAAGGUUUUCUUUUAAGUUUUAACUAAGCCUAAUUAUGAACUCAGUCAUCAUUCGAUGAAUAGCCAGUAACAUGCCUUUUAAAAUCAUUCGCAUGGUACCGUUUCUUCAUGGGUUACCUCUAAUACAUACAUGUAUAUUUCUUGGCAAGAAAUGGAUGUAUAGCAAUCCUAUAUGAGUGUACCUGAUGUGGGCUUUCAUGAUGAUAUUUGAAGUUGUUUCUUUUCAUCAGGGUGAAUAUCCCACCAUUGAGGCAAGGGUAGACGAUUUAGAUGGUAUGCUACAGUGGCUUGAGGUCCGUGAUCCUUCAAGCUGACCAGAUUGGGAUAUUUCCCAAGGGAAGGGAGUUCUUUAGCAAUCUCGAGAGAGGUUUGCAUGCAACUCAGAGCCUGAUAUUUUGGAAUCACAAAUUUACGACGAGGAAAAUGAUGGUGGAUACAAGUGAAACUGUUAAUCACGGUACCAUGAUUGAUGCAUUACCAGAGAAGGAUGAUAAUGGCGGCUAUGCUAGUGGGAGAUGGAAGAGUGAAGAAGGAACUUUGAGUUGCGGGUAUUCAAGUUUUAGGGGAAAGAGAGUAAGCAUGGAGGAUUUCUACGACAUUAAAGCUUCCAAGAUUGAAGGGAAAACAGUUUGGAUGUUUGGGAUAUUUGAUGGGCAUGGUGGUUCUCGUGCGGCCGAGUUUUUGAAGGAAAAUCUCUUUGCGAAUCUCAUGAAGCAUCCUGAAUUUUUGACUAACACCAAAUUGGCUAUAAGUGAAACAUAUCAACAGACUGACAGGGAUUUUUUAGAGUCUGAAAGGGACACUUUCCAUGAUGACGGUUCUACUGCUUCAACAGCAGUUCUGGUCAGCAACCAUCUGUAUGUUGCCAACGUUGGAGAUUCACGGGCUGUAAUAUCAAAGGCCGGAAAAGUAAUUCCUCUUUCUGAGGAUCAUAAACCAAAUAGAUGUGAUGAGCGGAAGAGAAUUGAAAGAGCUGGAGGUGUUGUAAUGUGGGCAGGCACUUGGAGAGUAGGAGGUGUUUUAGCAAUGUCCCGCGCCUUUGGUAACCGCAUGCUGAAGCAGUUUGUUGUGGCAGAUCCUGAGAUUCAGGUAAUCCUUAAAGUCAUUGCUCUCUUUAGCCUUGAUGAAUUUUAUGUGAAGUUUCAUUGUAUUUUUCAUUUAUGAUUCCUUUUCUCUGGUUGUCUGUUGAUGUAAUCUGAUGAAUGUGAUGUUAAUGAAAGGCUGGCAGAGGGAGGAUGGUAUGUCAAAUUUUCAGCUCUAAAGGUCUUGAUUGUGGACAUGUUUGAAGUUGUGAAAGAUAGCUCAUCCUAAAUUAGGCAUCGGGGGAUAAAGCGGAAUACCAUUAAGGGUUCAUUGGUCCAGGGCAGACACAUGGAGUAGCAAACCAGAAUAGAGUUGGUCACUACCGAACAUAUCAUUAAGAUUUCAUACUAUGCCUAUGAAGUAAAUAAUUCAGGCAGAAAAUGAUAAAGUUACAUACCGGAAAUCAAUUAAACUCUGGAAAAAAAAAUGUGAAACUGAGGAAGCCAAAAAGGGGGCAAUGUGAAGCUGGAAUUUAAAUAGUAAACAUGAUUUCUUAAAAAAGAGGAAAUGAAAAAUUUGGUGAGACAACUAUACAUGCUGAAGCUCACUGAGGGUAUGAUAUACGACUGAUUGUCUUUACAACAAAUAGAUGUUUUAUUACCAAGUUUUGAUCCAGACUUUGAAGGGUACUCGGGGGAAGACCAGUUCAGGCCUGACAUCCAGUAUCAUUGGCCGGAAGUGGCUGCACCUGAUCUGAAACUACUUUAUGAUCCUCAUCACCUGAGCCUUUAACAUUGCACCAAGCAAUGCAAUUAAUCAAUAGUUCUGUAGCACUUGAAAGGCUUUUUUUUUUCCCUUAGGCUUUUUUUUUCCCUUCCUGAUAACUAGUAAAUGACUUGAAAAAGAGAGAUCAAUCCUAUCUUUGAAACUUCUCUUUUGGAAAGAGGAAAAUUAACUUAAAAAUUUAAAUGACUUUUUGUCGAAGUAAUUAUAAUAGUCAUUAAAGGGAAGAAUGAAAAAAAAUUGCCUUUCGUCUUUGACUUAUAUCAAGAUUCUGUUAUUAUACCAUAUGCCCUACUAAUUACAGUUUUGGACCUUUUUGUGGAUAUCCCAACUUUUAACCCCUUUGGUAAAAAGUACUGCUUGUCAAUGGGGUGAGCCACUUGACUUUCAGCAUGACAUGAUGACAUAAGAUAAGUGCAAUGCUUUAGAAGGAAAUUUUGGUUACGAUGCUUUGUUAGAUAUCCAAACACACACCCUCGUAAGCAGUUGUGGAACUGUUCCAAAACAGUAUUCACUUGUAUAUCAUAAGAGUAUUAUCCCAUAUGACCCCAGUUAAUAUUGUUUCAUUUGAAUGCUAUUGUGAACAAAAUGCAUGUUACUGUAUGCAAUUUCAAGCUCUCAAGCAUGACAAAUUUUGGUUUGUUUUUACUACUUUCUAGGAUCAAGAAAUUGACGAAGAAUUUGAAUUGCUAGUGCUUGCAAGCGACGGACUCUGGGAUGUUGUACCUAAUGAGGAUGCUGUGUCACUUGCACGAACAGAAGAAGAACCCGAAGCAGCUGCUCGGAAGUUGACGGAAGCUUCUUUUAGUCGUGGCAGUGCCGACAACAUCACAUGCAUUGUGGUGAAGUUUCUCCACAAUAAGGUAGAUCCAACGGAUCCCAAGCCUGAACAAGACUUAGAGGACAUAGCAUGUGUAUCCAACAUCUAGGCAAUCAAGGUGGGAAUUUACAGAUGCGAAAAUGACCAAAGCAGGAGGUUAUUUGUUCAUUCCUUUAUAUGUUUCUUGUUUUGCUCUUGUUUUUGAGAGAACUGUGAGUUGACUGUUCAGGCCAUGAGGGAUUAAAUGGAACAGAAUUGAUUGGGUGGUAGAGUUGUGGAAAUGCCUGUUUCUAAGGCUUCAUCUGUGAUUCUAUGUACUCUUUCGUAAUUUUGGAAUCAAAAAAAUUGUUGUUAAUUUCUCUCUCUCUCAUUUUUGGAUAACAUGUCGAAA